CUCGUGCUGCGCCUCAAUGCGCCGCUCUGCGUGCUGAGCUACAUGGCGGGCGUCGCCUGGUUCUUGGCGCUGGCUUUCCCGCCUUUGACCCAGCGCACUUACAUGUCGGAGAAUGCCAUGGGCUCCACCAUGGUGGAGGAGCAGUUUGCGGGCGGAGAGCGCGCCCGGGGGUUUGCCCGGGACUUCGCUGCCCACCGCAGGAAGUCGGGGGCUCUGCCCGUAGCCUGGCUGGAGCGAACUAUGCGGUCAGUGGGGUUGGAGGUCUACACGCAGAGUUUUGCCCGGAAACUGCCCUUUCCAGAUGAGACCCACGAGCGCUAUAUGGUGUCAGGCACCAACGUGUAUGGCAUCUUACGAGCACCCCGUGCUGCCAGCACUGAAUCCCUCGUGCUCACUGUACCCUGUGGUUCCGAUUCUACCAACAGCCAGGCUGUGGGGCUGCUGCUGUCACUCGCUGCCCACUUCCGAGGGCAGAUUUACUGGGCCAAAGAUAUCAUCUUCCUGGUGACAGAUCACGACCUUUUGGGCACCGAGGCUUGGCUCGAAGCCUAUCAUGACGUCAAUGUCACUGGCAUGCAGUCAUCCCCCCUGCAAGGCAGGGCUGGGGCCAUCCAGGCCGCUGUGGCCCUGGAGUUGAGUAGUGAUGUGGUCACCAGCCUCGAUGUGGCAGUGGAGGGGCUCAAUGGACAGCUACCUAAUCUCGACCUGCUCAAUCUCUUCCAGACUUUCUGUCAGAAAGGGGGGCUGCUGUGCACACUGCAGGGCAAGCUGCAGCCCCAGGACUGGAUGUCGCUGGACGGCCCGCUGCAGAGCCUGCAGACAUUGCUGCUCAUGGUUCUGCGGCAGGCCUCCGGCCGCCCUCAUGGCCCCCACGGCCUCUUCCUGCGCUACCGCGUGGAGGCCCUAACUCUGCGUGGCAUCAAUAGUUUCCACCAGUACAAGUAUGACCUGGUGGCAGUGGGCAAGGCUUUGGAGGGCAUGUUCCGAAAGCUCAACCACCUUCUGGAGCGCCUGCACCAGUCCUUCUUCUUCUACCUUCUUCCUGCACUCUCCCGCUUCGUCUCCAUUGGCCUCUACAUGCCUGCCAUCGGCUUCUUGCUUCUGGUCCUCGGUCUCAAGGCUCUGGAACUGUGGAUGCAGCUGCAUGAUUCCAGAAUGGGGCCUCAGGAGGCUGGGGGUCCCCUUGGACCCAGUGUUCCCCUUCCCCCAAUACAGGGUGUGGGGCUGCUCUCGCUGGUGGCACCCCUGCUCAUCUCUCAAGCCGUGGGACUGGCCCUCUACAUCCUGCCAGUGCUGGGCCAACAUGUGGCCACCCAGCACUUCCCAGUGGCCGAAGCUGAGGCUGUGGUGCUGACACUGCUGGCAAUUUACGCAGCUGGCCUGGCCCUUCCUCACAAUACCCACCGGGUGGUAAGUGCGCAUGUCCCAGACCGGGGCUGGAUGGCACUGAAGCUGGUGGCCCUGAUCUACCUAGCACUACAGCUGGGCUGCAUUGCCCUUACCAACUUCUCGCUGGGCUUCCUGCUGGCUGCCACCAUGGUGCCUGCUGCUGUGCUCACAGAGCCCCACGGGCCCCGGCCGCUCUACGCUGCCCUGCUGGUGCUGACCAGCCCAGCAGCCACACUUCUGGGCAGCCUGUUCCUGUGGGGGGAGCUUCAGGAGGCGCCUCUGUCGCUAGCUGAGGGCUGGCAACUCUUCCUGGUGGCACUGGCCCAAGGCGUGCUGGAGCACCACACCUACGGAGCCCUGCUCUUCCCGCUGCUGGCCCUGGGCCUCUACCCCUGCUGGCUGCUCUUCUGGAAUGUGCUCUUCUGGAAGUGAGGUCUGCCUGCCAGGGCAUGCAGGGGGCAGGGACUCCACAAACACCCAUUCUGCCUCUUUCCUGGGAAAUAAACAAGUGUAUGUUUCAGCUGC